CGCUGGGCGCAGGCAGGACUCACCUGGCAGGUGCGGGAGGGAGGAGGAGUUACAAAGCCAGGGCGGUGCUGCGUUCGCUGGGCUGGUGCAGGGGACGCCUGGAGCCAAGCGCCCGAGGUAGCUGCGGUGCAGGGAGCGGGCGCGCUUUGCCGGGGAGGGUCCCUGCGCCGCUGGCUUCCUGCCAGCCCGGCCUCCGCAGCGCUCCAGGACCGCGGGCUGCUCGCCUCGGCUGCCGGCCCCGAGCCCAGCGCCAGGGCAGCAGCAGCCCCUCUGCGCUAGCCCGAGCGCGGGCCGGCGCGAUGCGAGCCCUGCCGGGCCCGGGGCGCUGAGCAGCCAGGGCGCGCGAGCUGCCGCCUCCUCGCGCCGGCAGCAUGAGCGGGGCGGAGAGCGCGAACUUCAGGCGGAUGGCGAUCCGGAGGAAAUCCAGCCCGACCCUGCACAGCUCGGCCCUGGUCUUUGCUGGCCCCCCUGGAGGAGGCAGGCUCUGCCCACCGCCGGGAGAGGGGGCUCGGAAGGAAGCAGCAGACAGCAGCACCUGUCCAAAGAGUCUCCUAACGAAGUCUUGCUCAGCAAAUAGCACAACCUGGUUAGUCAAGCAGAACGCAUCCAAUGAAGCGGCUCAGGGAAUAAAUGGAAACGUGCCAGUUAAACAGUCCCCACGUUCAGCUUCAAGUCCAAAGCCACAAGUGCCUCCAAAGCCAGUGCACUUGCAGAAUUCAUUUUUAUCCAUCACACACCAAACCCCUACACGGAAAGCUUUAGCUACUGCACAACCAAGAAUGGAGGAAGUCACACCUACCUCUGCUUCUUGUGUGUCAAAGGAAAAACCCAGCAAGGUGUCAGAUCUCAUCAGUCGUUUUGAAGGAGGCGGUUCCUCAAGUCAUAGUGAUUUGAAGAAAGAAUCCUCUGUUGUAACGGUUGCUAAAUCUCAAGGAAGAUAUGGGUCAGCAUCACCUCAGCCAAAACUCAUCUCCCAACACCCACUACAAAAGCAGGGAAAUAAUACAGAUCAAACUCAGGUUGUACAGAAGCACACGGCCAAUGGAGUAGUAGCACAAAGCCAGAUGGAAUGCAAUGACAAUAAAUUACUGGAACAUAGCACCAAUACAUCCACUCCAGCUUCAGAUAUUGCAGUCAACAGUAACUUAGUAAAUGGGGAACAAGAAAGCACAACUACAGAAUCCCUGCAAGCUACAAUGAUCUGCACAGGACAAACUUUUGACUGCUGCAGGACUCCAGGCAGGGAAACACUGUUCCCAUCUGAAAAUGAAACUGUAGAAACUAAUACUAAUGUAGAGGAAAAACAGAAUGAGGAACUCGGUAAGGAAGAUGAGCAUGUAGAAGCAAAGGAGACAGAUGAGCAGAAACGUCACAAAAUUGCCGAUGAGCUUUUGCAUACAGAAAGAGCCUACGUCAGCCGACUUGACCUCCUAGACCAGGUAUUCUAUGGCAAACUAUUGGAGGAAGCUAACCGGGGUUCAUUUCCAGCUGAGGUGGUCAAUAAAAUCUUUUCUAAUAUUUCAUCAAUCAACGCCUUCCACAGUAAAUUCUUGCUUCCAGAGCUUGAGAAAAGAAUGCAAGAAUGGGCUGCAACCCCCAGAAUUGGAGAUAUUCUGCAGAAGUUAGCUCCUUUCCUCAAGAUGUAUGGAGAGUAUGUGAAAAAUUUUGAUAAUGCAAUGGAACUGGUGAAAAUGUGGACUGAGCGGUCUCCUCUAUUCAAAUCCAUUAUUCAGGACAUUCAGACACAAAAAGUCUGUGGGAGUUUGACAUUGCAACAUCAUAUGCUAGAACCAGUACAACGUAUUCCACGCUAUGAGAUGCUACUAAAGGACUACCUAAGGAAACUGCCUCAAGAUUCCCCAGACUGGAAGGAUGCUGAAAAAUCCCUGGAAAUUAUAUCCACAGCAGCCAGUCACUCCAAUAGUGCUAUACGAAAAAUGGAGAAUCUAAAGAAGUUGCUGGAGGUGUAUGAGAUGUUGGGAGAAGAGGAAGAUAUUGUCAACCCCUCAAAUGAGCUGAUAAAAGAAGGACAGAUCCUUAAACUUGCCGCUCGUAACACAUCAGCCCAAGAACGAUACCUUUUCUUAUUCAACAACAUGUUGUUGUAUUGUGUACCCAAAUUCAGUUUGGUGGGAUCAAAGUACUCAGUGCGAACAAGAGUUGGUAUUGAUGGCAUGAAGAUUAUAGAAACACACAAUGAAGAAUAUCCAUGCACCUUUCAGGUGUCUGGAAAAGAGCGAACAUUGGAGUUGCAGGCCAGUUCUGAACAAGAUAAGGAAGAAUGGAUAAAGGCUCUUCAGAAUACCAUAGAAGCUUUUCAGCAGAGGAAUGAAACCUUCAGAAAUGCCAUUGCAAAAGAAUAUGAGGACAUGCCCAUUGAAGUUUCUAAGGCUGAGCUUGGGAAGAGAGCACCGAGAUGGAUCCGAGACAAUGAAGUAACAAUGUGCAUGAAAUGCAAGGAGCCCUUCAAUGCACUGACAAGGAGAAGGCAUCAUUGUCGAGCAUGUGGACAUGUGGUUUGCUGGAAAUGUUCUGAUUAUAAAGCUCAACUUGAAUAUGAUGGCAAUAAAUUGAACAAAGUUUGUAAGGACUGCUAUCAGAUUAUAAGGGGUUGUACAGAUAGUGAAGAAAAGAAAAAGAAAGGCAUCUUGGAGAUUGAAUCAGCUGAAGUCUCUGGAAACAGUGUCAUAUGUAGCUUUCUUCAAUAUAUGGAAAAAUCAAAGCCUUGGCAGAAAGCUUGGUGUGUUAUUCCUAAACAUGAAGCUCUCGUGCUGUACAUGUAUGGUGCUCCACAGGAUGUUAAAGCUUUGGCUACAAUUCCACUACUGGGCUAUGCAGUAGAUGACACUCCAAGAAGUGCUGACCUCCCACAUAGCUUUAAACUGACCCAGUCCAAAUCUGUACACAGCUUUGCAGCAGACAGUGAGGAACUGAAAGAGAAAUGGUUGAAAGUCAUCCAUUUAGCUGUCAAAGGUGAGACACCGGAAUGUCAAAAUGAAUUGCAGAUGAGUUUAGAGGAACAGCCUGAAUCUUCUAAAAAAUCCGAAUGCUGAAGCUCAAGACCAUGUUGUGUUUUAAAAUAAUCCAGUCAGAUUCUUGGUUGAUUUUUCUUUGUUCAAGCAAAAGAAGCAAAUUCUCCUAACUACUACAUGCAUCUCUUAGCACUUUAUGUUGAAAAGAUACUGAUCUAUUUAGAGAUCAUUUUCUUAUAUUUAUGUUCUGUCAAUAAAGUUAAUGUACAGAUCCAUUCCACAGAAUUUUUUUUUAAAACAUAAAUGCCAUUAAAAGAACAAAACCUAUUAACUUUAGUGUACUUCUUGUUUGUCUCAAAGUAAAUUGCAUUGUAUGAUUCGCUUGCUGUUGGGUUAAAGUUUGCUACUUUAUUAAAGAAUGUGGAUAUUUGAUGCAUCCUUUACAUGUUAGGACUUUAUCAGUAAAAAGAUAUACCUCCACGUUGCCAAAAUAGAUCUGUAGUGAAAUAUACAGGGACAGUUGGGUUUAUUGUAUCUAGUUUAUAGAACUACUUACACAAUGCUGUACAUAUGUUAUAUUCACUUUUUUAAUGCAAAUUGCUUUUAUAAUAAUAUUGGCUUUUGUCAGUUUAUCAGGAAAAGAAUCUAAUUGUUUCAGUUUAGAAAUUCAUUGCUAAAAUACAAAUAAAGUACAAUAUAUGUACAGUGUUAGAAAAAAUUGUACUUGAUUUUGCUUCAUGACAAUACAUAGGUUAUUAGUCUGUAAUUUAUUUAAAAUAAAGCAUGUUUUCUCUUGUAAAUUAAGAAGAGGGUUCUAAAUUGAAAAAAAUCACUCUUUAGUGAUUUGUUUAACUAGCUUACACCUACUGAUCUUGAUAUUUUUAUACAUUAAGAAUAUUUUUUAAAUAGCAGUAAUUUAAGUGGCAUGUAAUGGAUUUGUGAGUUCCAGCUGUGUUUUUAAAAAAGAGUAGUCUGUUUUUUGGUUUGGUUUGGUUCUGUGCCUGUUAUCUUUUCAAGGUGCCGGUGCUACCUUCUAAAAUACAGUAUGUGCUUUAGCAAUUAACAUCCUGAUCUUAAAUGAUCUUCUGGGAUCAUAUAUUUUUUGCCUUUAUGGUCAUUGGAACACUUGGAACGUGUUUAAAGUGUUUUAACUUUCACCAAUACACAUAUUGCAUCAGCUAGUGAUCACUAAAAACUAUCUGCAAGGAUUAUACAUCAUGUUAGAGCCUUCUUGUAUGAACUCAGAUAUAAAGUCUGAUCCUGCAAUUCUUGACUUGCAUGAGUAGUCCUUACUCUUAUUGAGUUCAGUAGGACUGCUCUUGGGAGUAAAGACUUGUCUGUGAGAGUCAGGCUUUGAGUAUUGGGCCCGUGAUGAAUCUUCAUUUCUAGUAGUCUUUUAUGUAGAGGCAAAUAGACUCUGCUAUAAGAGGAUUCCACUGUAACAUUUUAGAUGAACUAUAGGUCUUUAUGGUGCAUAUGCAAUGACUGUCUCUCUAAUAGAGCAAGUUAAUCAAUUUCUGACUUUAAAAACCUAAAUGAAGUCUUUUAUUUUCUAAAAUACAGCAAUUAGUUAAGAUGGUCCCAAGUCACAAAGUUCAGAUUUAGAUACAGUCUUCUCAAAAACUCUGGGGGAUGGAUCCAGAGCUUUGAUUGGGCCUAUCUUUACAAUUAAAUAAAAAUUAGUAACUUGAGUCAAGAUUUAUUUUAACCCAAAAUUUAUUUUUGUCACUCUGACAGACCUUACCCUUUUUUUUAAAAUCGUCAUUGAGGGUGAAAGAUUACCCUUCAGUCAACUGUUGUACUUAGGUAUAGUCAUUCACCUAAUGUCAUUUACUUCUGAGCAUCCCAAAUCUUUGUGUUGCCCAAUACUUAGGGAGACCAGGGUGAGUAAAAGGCAGUCACAGCAGAUUCUGUGCUAACUCUUCCGCCACCUCACUGAAGUCAGUGGGCCAGAUUCUCAUCUCGGUUGUACUAGUGUAAACCUGGUGUAACCCUCUGACUUCAGCAGAGUUAGUCCAGAUUUUUACCCAUGCGAGAUCAGAAUCUGGCCUCAUAAGGUUGCCCAGGAUGUAUGUCAUUGCACAGUUUGUCCCUUAGUCUUCACUAGGUUUAGGCUGCUCUGCAUGUAAUCCUGUUCACUACUUUAUUUUAAUACAGUAUAUAAUGUACAACUUAUUUUUUUAAAAAUCCUUUUGAAGUUUAAAGAAAUUCAAGCCACUUCAUACUAUUUCCCUUAAAGUUGGGCCCACUCAUACCCUUAGAUUCUUGCCGGUGCACAGGGGCAGACUAAAGCAUGGGUCUGCUCAUCUCACACAGAAAGUGCAGGGUGACUUUGCCUUCUUUCCCCAAAUGGGUACCGUCUCCUGGGAACAUCCAGGCUUAGGGCAUGGAAACGCAUAGGCUGAGCUCUGGCCAGAAAGAACUACCUGAGGGUCAGUAUUGUAUCUUUCCAUGGCCAUUCUCCUCAGUGGAUAUCUGCCUUCAAAAGGAGUUCCCAAGGCGACUGCUGGUUCUGGGAGCCUUGAGUGCCAAUACCCUGGAAAUCAUGUAGUCCUGGUCUACGCUGGAGGGGUGUCGAUCUAAUUUACGCAACUUCAGCUACGUGAAUAACGUUCACAUUUACAUUCAUGUAAAUCUGUAAUUAGGUUUUUGACCCAAUAAUUUAUUUCACUUUAUUAUACAGUAAUAAAACAGUCUGCUCAAAACCUAUUCUCUUCUCAGUCAGCACGUAAUGGGAGACUUUGAAAAGCAAGAAUUAUUUGAUUGUUAUGUGUACAUUCUACAAGUAUAGACACGUGCCAACCAUUCUGGAAAAAAAAGGUACAGACAGUGAAGGAGAGAGGUUGCUUUUCUGGACCCAGUGACAACUCCUCCAAAUAUUUUACCCAGUACCUCACAGGCUAAUCCACAUAACCGCAUGUAAAAGCUUCUGUUUAAUUUUAAGGUUUAUGUUCUGACUGUAAAGACACAAACUGAAAGUGGUAACUGCUAUGCUUUAAUUUCCAUGACAUUAGAACAUCUGAAUUAUGGAGAAAAAAAUGUUCCAACCCGAAUGUUUAGAUUGUGUCCAAAUUUCAGCCCUGAGUGAUUUUUUUUAAACAAAGUUCCUGAAAGAAAACAUUGACAAAUGAUAAUUUUAGUAGCAUGAAGAAAUGCUACAUAUGUGUAAGUGACAAAUGGGCAUUCAUUUAUAAUGUAUGUGAAUGCCUUAGCUACAGUAUUUAAGCUCUGUGACCCCUAUAUUCAAGAAGUGCUCAUUUUAAAAUGUUUUAUGUGAUGGAGGAUAUUUUUGUGCAAUUUAGAGCUUAUCAAAUAUUUGACUACUUAAUGUUUUUGUUAGAUUUAAUUUUUUUCUGUAUUCUACCAGAACUAUGGCUAAUCAAAAAGCAUUAGUUGCAUUUAUUUGACAAAUAAUGGUAAGAUUUACAACAUUAUUUUUUCAACAUAUUUUUCCUGAUGUCUACAAGAACAGAAUCUUGAUUGGAAACUCUUUGCAUUAUUUUUAAUAUGUCUUAAACAUUUCUGCACUACUGUUCCUAUCUAUUUUAUUAUGGCUUCAUGUAAUUACACUUGAAUGAUUAAAAGCUGUUAAUGCCUGGAGCAUCUUGCAGCUUCAACUCUAUUGACUUUGACAGGAGUAUUUUUUGUAUUUAAGUACUCCAGUUCAACAGGAAAAUGUUUUUUUUUUAAAAAGCAAGCACUGAAAAAGAAAAACAUUCUCUUCUCAUUGGAGUGGAAUGUGGAAAAUAUUUAAAGUACGUGUGUGCAUCAUAUAAUUGCAGCUUUUUACAAAGAGGAUCUCAAAGCUCUUUACUAACCUUUAAUAAGCCUCAUAAUACCCUUGUGUGAUUAGAGGUGUAUUAUUCCUUCCAUUUUAAUAUAUGGGAUAAAUUGAGGCAGGGAGACUAAAUACAAAACACAUACCCCAAGCCUGUAUAGGUUUUAGAAGAGGUUACAGACAAGAAUUCAAAUAGGUUCUAAGUAGAGUGGUCAAAACUUUGAAACUUGAAAAGAUGGGGAAAACUUCAAAUACUUUUAAUAAAUCUUUUCCCAUUUUUACAACGUCUGUAGUUGGUCAAACUUUUAAUUUCAAAACAUGGAAUUUCAAAAAAAGAAGUUGCCAUUUUUCCCAUUUUUUUAACAAGUUCUUGUUCUAAGAACCUGCUUUUCUUGCAGGAAGUUUUAAACAAAAAUAAUAUGGAAAUAAUUCUAAAUAAUAAAUUGAGACCCAUCCAUGAAAGUAUAUAGGGACGGAUCCUGAGCUGGUGUAAAUUGGCAUAGCUCCAAUGGAGCCUAAACAGCUAUGAUGUUUUACACUAGCGCUACAUCUGGCCUAUAUUCUCUGAAGGCAUGCUCAUGAAAACCAGGAUCACUCCAUCUUUAGGCGUGCUGCUGCUACUGCCAUUCACCUGCACUCGUAGGACCAGAUCCAACUCAAAAUUGAGCUGGAUCAAGUUCAUAAUCCUCUAUCACACUGUUGCAAUCUCCAAAACAACUUAACAAUGGCAGAGGUGAGAAUAAGCAGGUGGAAAUCCUUGAGAACAAAUAAUUUGCUUUCAGGCAGAUAAUUCAAAUAAUAAGGAAUGGGGGUGGGCAAUACCAACAACUGUAUGAGCAGAAUCUUCUAAUGCUUAAAAAAAAAUUGUCAAGGUCGGUAUGGGUUUAACUCUGUAGUGUACUGUUUGUGAUGAGCUUCAAAUGAACUAUAAAAAGGAGAACUUGUUUUAACCCAGCUGUUAUCUUCUUCAUGGCCAUAUUGGUAAGAGGUUGUUAACUUACCAAUAUGGUUCUGACCCAUUGGACUGUAGUGAAAUAUAUUCUUUGGAUGGAAAUUUACAUAUGCCAAUCAGAUUGCUUCUUUAGUCCUCUCUCCUUUUAAUAAAACAAUAGGGAGAUUUAUUUAACAUAUAUUUUUACGACAAUUAUAAUCUGAUUCAGACAGCAUUUUACAAUCAAAAGUACACUGUGGAUUAAAAAUAUAAGUAGUCUUUUGACAAAAUUGUAUAUACCUUAAGGGGAUAAAAAUCAAUACAUAAGGAGAUCUACUUUACUUGCCUGUUUACUGGUUCCAACUGAUUUAUAAGCUGAAAUUCAGUCUAAAUAUUCAAUGUGCUUUUUGUACUGCCUUUUCAUUAAAUUAUUCUCACAUUUAUUCAUGGCAUUGUCAUCCCCAUCCCUCCAAAUAAAUGUAGAUUUUAUUUCUCGACUAAAUGGUAAAGCAGAUGGUUUCCAUGAAUAAAACAUAUUGUUUCUGUCAAUGUGCGAUACUAACCUACUUCAAUUUAUAGUUUAUCCUUGUGGAUUCAUAAACUAUUUAUGGUGGCAAUGUUCAAGAAAGGGAAGGGAACUGUGUCAAAGCCUCUUUUACACAGAGGUGCCAUAAUGUUUAGAGGAAGGAGGGCAAGUUUGUUAUAUAUGGGGAACCAUUUGCAAUAGAAGAAGAUUAUUUUACAUACAGUAAGAUAUCUCCUGCUACCACUUAAGCUAAUGGGAGUUAGACUGUUUACUUCAGUGGGAGUUGGAUCAGCCCUUCUGUGUAAUAUCAGAUAUACAUGCAGUGCAUUAGAAUCUCUCAAUUAUAAAAACACUGUUUGCAGUUUAAUUUGGAAGAAACUGACUUUUUUGUUUAAAAAAAAAAAACCUAAAGUUUCGAAGAGGUAAAUUUUGCUCUGAUUUUACACUGAAUUGCAAAAUUUCAAAAAAGAGGCAAAAUUUAAGUUGUGCAAAUAUAAGUGGUAAUUUUCCUGGUCAAGAAAUAUGAAUGUAAAAUAUUUGCAGAUUUUGUGUAACAUAUGUAUAUUUGGUCAUAAAGAUGGGAGCUGGCAUAUUGUAAAAUUAAGCACUUUAAUUCCUGUUGAAUACUUAGUUUGUAUGCCGUAAAAUAAAACAUCAUUAAGUA